CUUUCUAGCCUCAUACUCUCGCAAGAAAGCUGCGGCUUUGAGUCCCCAACUGAGGCGACCUUACUCGCUCUUCCUUCACCUACAAGCGCGCCCUGUGGUAUUGCACUCAUCUUGCUGCUGCGUGUAUUUCACCUAAUACGGAUAGGCCAUAUACCUGACAGUCGGGGCUCUGCGACGAAGUGCACUUCAACUGCCUCCCAGCUUGGCAAGGCUUCGCUUGACAUUAUUCUUUUUAGCAGCAUUCAGCUAGCUCCAUACGGCCGGCCCGCACCGCGGACCGGCCGGGAGCGCUUCAGAGCUUGGCGUUGCAGCAGCUAAAGCAGUGUUGUGAGCUUUAACAGUGGCAGCUGCGGACGAAGCAUUUACAUAGUUUGUAUCCGCUGGCAUAAGCCUCUUGGGCAGCGUGGCGAGCCCGCGUCUUCGUCGCCAUGAACAACCACUGUUCCUGGACGUAACCUGGCCCGCGCGAGCCUGCGCUUGAGGAGCGCGCGCUGACAGUCCUGCCUCACAAAUGGGCUGCAGCAGCAGUAAGCCCGGCGUUGUGCCGGUGCACGACUAUGACGCCGACCACGAGCGGCAUAGCGGGGAGCCCGCGGUGGCCCCCGCCGACUCCGGCGUUGGCGGCAAGUCCAUGCGCCUGCUCACGGUGUCGCCCAGCGGUAAGCGGCAAGUAGACCGGAGAGAGAAUCAGUCCUUCUUCGACAAGAGCCGCUCCCACAAGUCCUUCGCGGCCAACAAGUCCAUACGGCCGGCUGCCAAGAGCCAGCGGCCGCGCGUGUCGGCCUUCACGGACCGCGUGCCCGGGCGGUUAGACAACCCCAAUGGCGGCGACAGCAAAGACCUCAACUCGCCAGGGGGCGGGGGAGGCGGGGGCGGGGGAGGCGGCGGCGGCACGGCGCACGGCGCCAAGAGCCGCUUCGCCAAGAGCAUCAAGGCGGUGGCGGACGCCAUGUUUGGGCCGCCGCCCGAGUGGAUCCUGCGGCAGACCACGCCCAUCAAGAGCCAGUACCAGUUCUUGGGCGUUGUGGGGAGAGGCCAGUUCGGUCAGGUGUACUGCAUCCGUCAUCUGCGCCACGGCCAGAAGUACGCGUGCAAGACGCUGGGCAAGAAGAAGCUGCUGAGUCAGCUGGACGCGGAGGACAUCAAGAAGGAGAUCGAGGUGAUGCACCACCUGUCCGGCCACCACUCGGUGGUGAGCCUGCACCGGGUGUUCGAGGACGAGAAGAACGUGCACCUGGUCAUGGACCUGUGCCAGGGCGACCUGUACGAGCUGUUGAGGGAGGUCAAGUACCUGCCGGAGGACAAGGCGGCGCCGCUGAUGCUGCUGGCCAUCAAGGCGGUGCAGUACUGCCACUCCAUGGGCGUGCUGCACCGCGACAUCAAGCCCGAGAACUUCCUGCUCACGUGCCGCAACGACCUGGGCCAGAUAAAGCUCACGGACUUUGGGCUGUCCACCUUCUACCAGGAUGGCCAGGUGUUCAACGAGCUGCUGGGCAGCCCCUACUACAUCGCGCCCGAGGUGAUCAAACAAAAGUACGGCAAGGAAGCGGACAUCUGGAGCUGCGGCGUCAUGCUGUACAUCAUGCUGUGCGGCGAGGCGCCCUUCUUCGGCGAGGGGGACGAGGGCAUCUUCAAGAGCAUCAUGAAGGCCAAGCUGGACUUCUCGUUCGAGCCGUGGCCCUCGCUGUCGCGCGACGUGAAGCUGCUGCUGCGGCGCAUGCUGGUCAAGGACCCGCGCGAGAGGGCCAGCCUGGAGGAGGUCAUCAGCCACCCCUGGUUCGCGCGCUACUCUCCCUCGCUCGGCACCACCAGCAUGCAGCUCAAGCUGGAGGCGCUGGCCAACGGCGGCAGCGGCAGCCAGGGCGUGCCGGGCCGCACGGGGGCGCCGGCGGGGCUGCCGCCGCUGCCGCACAGCCCCGGGCGGCCGGGCGCGGGCGCGGGAGAGAACACGCUGUUCAGCCGGAUCAAGAGGUACUCUGUGGCCAGCCGCACCAAGAAGGCGGCUCUGCGCUACAUCGUGGCCUCGCUGCCCGACGAGGUCACCGCCGGACUGUACAACCUGUUCCAGGACUUUGACCAGGACGCCAACAACGCCAUCGACGUGCGCGAGUUCAAGGAGGGCUUCAUGCGCCGCGGGGUGGUGCUGCUGGACGAGGAGGCGGGCAGCCUGGUGGGCGCUGCCGACCUGGACGGCGACGGGCUGUUGAACCUGGUGGAGUGGCUGGGCGCCACCAUCUUCCUGCCGGAGGAGCAGGUGGAGGGGCUGGUGGCGGAGGCGUUCGCCUUCAUGGACGCAGACCACGACGGCUUCCUCACGCGCGCAGAGCUGGUGGCAUACCUGGGCGACGGCCACACCGAGCUGGCCGAGCUCAUCAUCGCCGAGGCCGACGCCGACUGCGACGGCCGCGUGUCGGCCGACGAGUUCGCAGCGGCCUACAACAUGACCCUGGAGCGCAGCAGAGCCGCCUCGAGGCCAAACACCGCGCCCGGGGGCGGCCGCACGCGCAGCGAGCAGAGCGACACCGAGGACGGAGCCGGAGGCGGGAUGGGGGGAGCAGGAGGCGGAGGAGGAGGGGUGGGGGGCGGCAAGGGGCCAGGCGGCGUGGUGCGGAUGACCAGCGUCACGAGCGUGGUGAGCAUGGGCGAUGAGCUGGGGCGGGCCAGCCUGGGCGCGCACGGCUACGACAACGCCGACGGCGACGGCUACGAGUGAGGCCGUGUGGGUGGGCUGCGAGGCCGCCAGAGGCGCAGAGGCGGCGAGGCGCAGAGGCGGGGGGGCUGAGGCGCUGGUGCGUGGGAGUGUGUGUGGGGCGAGGGGUGCCGACUGGUACCCCGUGGCGGGCAGGAGAGUGCAUUGCGGUGGCGUGGGUCAGCCUGCGUUGGGGCGCGCGGCGCGGCGCGCCGUGUGUGUGCGUGACGUGUCGUGCGCUGCAUGGGCCCGGCACGGCCCGGGGUGUGGAGGCAAGGCGCCCGUGUGUGCGCGCACAACCCAAGUGUCGCCAAGGUAUAAGGGCCUUCCUCGCGCGAAGAUCUCUGGUGUGUGUAUUAUUAUUAUGAAAGAGGCGCACGGCACGCAGUUACGUGUGGGCGGUGUUUCAGCCAUGUGUGCGAACGCCCUUGCUUCUAUUUAGGGCUGGCCUCAUGACGGGCCAUGUGGCGUUGCUGCCGGAGCGUGCGUGAACGCGGUGACUGUGCGGGACGGAUCGAGGUCGGCGGGGGGCGGCUGUGCGGACCCCCACUGCACGUGGGGGUUGGCACGUGUGGCAUGCUUGGGGCGCGGGUUGCGGGUACGGAUAUGCGCGCUUGAUCUAUUGGGGGCCAAGGCGUUGUUGCUGCCGGUUCUAGUGCCGGCCACUUCACCGAGGCGCGUGGCGUAAUGCUGGAUCGGAGGAGCAGCAGUGGGGCAAUGGCGCGGGCAAUGGCACGGAGGCAUGGAGGGCCUGGGGUGUCCGGCGCGGCCCGUGCCCUGCUGAGCAAAACGCGGGGCAGGUACAGGACACACCCGGUGUGGGGAAACGGCAGGCAUGAGUGAUGCCCGCGUGCACAUGAUGUUUUGUAUCCCGCUUUGGACUAACCAGUUGCUGCUUGAAGUGACAGUUGAAUUGCGUGGGAUGAAGGGGCCCCUGGGAGCGCGCUACGUUGGCGUCAGCGUGGGCAGGCGUGCCAGGUGUGCCUGACGUGCCUGUGCGCGCCUAGCUGCUUUCCUAGCGCUUCCGAACCUCAGGAGGACAAUUUGGGACGGGGUAGGCUGUUUAUAUGUUUUGACGCCGGCUUGCGUUGGCGGGCGCCGCGGCCGGGCUGACGUGGCACGCGGGCGUGGGACGUGCUGAACGCGUUGAACUCUCAUGCGUGCGUGUGUUGUGCGGUGCAUGGGGCCCAGCGACCCUCGACGCUUGACUCAUGAGACCUCAAUUGGCUGGUCGGUCUGCGUGCAUUUAGCUUUUGGCUUUUCUUUUGUGGCACUGAGACUUAUGUGUGUAUUGGUCCAGUGCGAAGUCUGUCGCGCAGCAGUGCUAGUUGCCCGCCCCCUGCAACACGGGGGCGCGGCUGCGGCCGUUUGGCAGGAACAGGGGUUGUGCUUCUGCAGUUGCGACGAGCAGUGGGCGCGGGGGAGUUUCAUUAGCAUAUCACCCACGGUCUGCCCUUGUUAUGGGCAAUCACUUGCACGUUUCCGGCUUAUGCGCAAGUCUAGCCGGCUGCUGAAUGCGCGACACGGUUCGCGGCUCACGCUGCCGCUUCCUUUCAUGCUUGUUGUGGAGGUAGUCAUGUGUGGGUGAAUGUGACGGGGGCAGUUCCGCCUAGCGUGGCGUGGCGUCGGCGCACUGCUGGGCGACAGGCAGGGGCAAGCGCUGCAUGCUGAAACGUGCGGCUGUAGGCAUAGCCGUGCGUGUCAAAGUCGUAGGAGCCGUAUGUACAUAUUACGAAAGGCAUGGUUGGCGCACAGCCGCGUUUGUAGCCGUUUGCUGCAUGGGUGCAGCCGUGCAGGAGGAGGAAGCACACCUGUAACUGCAAGGGACU